GGCUUGGCAACGGAUAUGAGAAAACAAAAUGGCGACCAUUCCAGAACUGAAUGCAAUUGAAAGAAAGAAGCUCGUUAAGCAGUCUGAGUGUCUAUACAAGUUAUCUCACUUUACUCAAGAUGAGACAUUGCUUUUACUGUAUCGUUACCAUGGGCUCACGAGUGAUAAGAUUGACAGAGUCCUUUUCUGUGACUUACUGCAUGAUUGGUUUGGAAUGACUGAUGACUAUUUCAUGGACAAAGUCUUUAAGGCGUUUGAUAAAGAUUCUGAUGGUUUUUUGAAUCAAGAGGAAUGGGUUAAAGGUUUGUCCAUGUUUCUGAGGGGAACACUAGCUGAAAAGAUUGAAUAUUGUUUUUCAAUUUAUGAUUUAAAUAGUGAUGGCUACAUUACACGUGAAGAGAUGUUCCACAUGUUAAAGAACACUCUUAUUAAGCAACCAACUGAAGAAGACCCUGAAGAAGGUAUAAAGGAGCUCAUUGAGAUUCUCAUGAAGAAAAUGGAUCAUGAUAAUGAUUCUAAAGUCUCUUUGCAAGACUUCAAGACAACAGUAGAGGCUGAGAGAUUGCUUAUUGAAGCAUUUGGCCCAUGCCUUCCAGAAGAGAAAUAUUGUGAAAGAUUUGCAGCUGAAACAUUGACGAGAAUCUAAACUAUAUCAUGUUGUUAUUAUUAUUACUAUUAUUAUACUGACUGUUAAAAAUCUUCAAUGUUUAAGAUAAAUUUAAAAAAACUUAAGGUACCUUAA